AUUCCUCCCCCCUGUCCCUCUCCCCUCCACCUCCUUCUCUCCUCUCUUUUCUCUCUCCCCUCUCUCGUCGCUGGAGGAGCCCGUCGGCUCUUCCUUUGUCAAGCUGUUCGAGUCCUUCUCGGGACAUGCAAGGCUAAGUCGAUGCCACGAUGUCUGCCAUCUCAUGCCUCCUCCCAACAGGUCCCAGAGCUCUCCCAACCUGCGAACACCGUCCUCGCCGGGGUUGGACUCGCGAUUCCCCCUCCACCGAAGCUCGAUGGCUAGUCCAGAGCCAUUCGCUCACAAUGCGUCCUUCCGAAGGUUCAAUUCCAGACGCCCUCGCCCUACGGUUGCCUCUAUAGCAGACAUUUUUGUCGGCUCCUUGGUGAUCGCCGGGUACUGCCAUGAGCAUUCCCCCCGUGGUAGAGGGCUGUCGACACUUUCGAUGAAGACUGCGGGGGGUCAUAGGGGCGGGAUGCAGCCGCGGAGGACAGUAAAUACCAGGCAAUUGUCGCGACAACGUUUAGAGUAUCUCGGGUCACCGGCUCAGCGGCCGGGGGUAGUACAACAUUCGAAGACCUACCAGAUGUUUAGCUCUGGUGUCGCGCAGCGGGUUGAAGAUGACGAAAACGAGCCAACGCUCGCAUCGAGAAGACAAUCGGGGACGCCAUUAACUGAGCAAGAUCUGGAAUCCGAUCGAUGCGAAGACGCAGGCGAAAAUACACAGGAGCGAGUCCCGGAGGACUCGAAUACGCGACCACCAUCAUCCAGCAUUAGCUUCGGGGAUUUCGAUCGUGGUGUGGACGAUAACUCUAUUUCGGAGAAUGAAAUGGUGGAUUGCCAGGCGGAGGAGACGAAUGAACCGGUAAGGCACAGCUAUAAAGGGAGGACGAACCCCCGAGUAUCUCUCUUGAGAUCGACAAAAAAACUAUUUGCUCAAGCAUUUGGAGAAUCCCUUGACCGCGACUUGGCUGUGAGGAGCGUCAUAGAUAAUAGGUGGAUUGAACCGCGACCACCACGUGCGGAUAACAUACAAGAUGCUACGGAUAUCUUGGCGGUCCAGAAGCUUCUUGACGCUCUGUGGGAUGAAAAGAAAUCCAACCAUUACAUUUUUCGCUUAUAUCGAGACCUCCCUCACCCGGGAGUUGCGUGCCUCUCGAAGCGCUCACGAGGUACUCUAUUACGUCGAUUCGCCAACCCCCCCAACCGUCGCUGGGUGGAUGCCCGCCGCUAUCUCGCCUUGGUGGAGGAUAUGAUUGUCUCCAAACUCCCCAUGUCUCGAUCAUUAUGGAGCUCUGCCAUUCACCUGGCAGGCCGAGCGUCAGGGAAUGUCAUCAAGGCGGACCUCGUGAGAUCGAUAGGUAUCUGGCAGCAGAUGGAGCAUUUGGGUGGGAUUCGGGGGGACGGGGUUGUAUUCACCAUUCUGUUCGACAUAGCUAUCAAAGCGGGCCAGUUCACGGUGGCGGACCGCCUCGUGGAGGAGAUGACAAGGCGAAAAAUCAGCUUUGGUCGCACGGGAAAGGUCUCCAAGAUAUACUACCACGGGCUGUUGCAGGAUGCCGAAGGUAUCCACCGGACCUUCGAUGAGUUUGUGUCCAGCGGAGAAAUUGUUGAUACGGCGGUACUCAAUUGUCUGUUGGUGUCGUUUCUUCGCGCCGGGGAGGCAGAGACCGCGGAACAGUUGUAUCGUCGCAUGAUCCACGGCCAGAAAACCGGGAAACAGCGUCACAUCCACGGACCCGGAUACACGUCCGAGUUCAUCGAAUAUCGAGACAAAGCUCGGGAUCUCAAUCAGGUGUUGCAAUUGUCUUCGGCUCUGAGAGACCAACUACCAGAACAUCACCGUGCUCUUCAGCAGGCCUUUCCCAUGGUUCCUGACACGCGGACGUUCCACAUUCUCCUUUCACAUCAUGCUUAUGAAACCGGCAGCUUGGAGUCAUUCAUGUCGACAUUGAAGGACAUGGAAAUGGCAUUCACAAUCCCCCCUCGAGGCAUGAUCUAUCUGUUGCUGUUUGAUGGGUUCGCCAACAACGGCCGAAAACGGAAAGGCUGGACGCCUGAGAGGCUGCAAGAGACGUGGAGAGCGUAUCUCGCGGUCCUCUACGAAUCUCGGGCUCGAUUCCACGAGCGAUUUUACAAGCCGGGGACGUUGGUCUGGCAGAACCCCUUGGAAAGCGGUGCUCCAGGAAACUCCCGUACUAUAACACGGGCACCGAGUGGCUUAUACACCCCGUUACCGUCAAACAACGUGGAAAGGGCAGACCCCGUGGAAGAAACGCCCGAGCCAGCAGCGCCAGAACAAACUGAACCGGAACAUUCGACGACGGAAGCCGGUGAUGAGGUGGAUGCGGACGAGUUGCUCGGCAAAUCCACACAGGAACCUCACCCUGAGCCCGACCAUCUCACCGUUCUGGAACGUCAAAUCGAGAACGGAGUAUUUCUAGGCCGCCGGAUGAUCAUCAUCAUUCUUCGAGCCUUCGGCACCUGCUGCGGGCCCAAGGCGGUUAUGGAAGUCUGGCUGCGGAUGGAGAAAUUAUGGCAGCCUCAGAAACGCAAAGCGCUGGACGUGCAGGCAGUCCGAGAAGAACUUGAUUAUCAAAUGAAUCGGAGGCAGAGUUGAGAGACGAUUGGGGAAGGCUUUCGGAGCAUGUACAUUAUAAUAGACCUGUUAUAUACCCUCCGAUCUUUUGCAUAUCUUGAUCUUGUACAGUGAACGGGUUCGUGUUAUAACAGAC